AUGAGUUCAAACGCUUUAGUAUCUCCUCCUCCUGAUGAUGAAAAGAAUGAAAAAGAUUCAACGAAACUAUGGAACGACAUCGUCUCCGCCUUUCGGGAGGAUGGAUUUCCCAAUCUUUCAAACGUGAACGGCGCGAUACGAGAAGAACUCCUUUCUCUCUACCGACGACUCGCUUCUUCUGAUAAGGAGGACGAUGAUACUUCAACAAAUCCGUCGAAAUUUGUCAUCGCGUGGGAAGCGUUCGCGUCGAACAACGCGAACAUCAAAGACGACGUGAAAUCGAUACCGAACGCGGAGAACAUCGAAAGCUUUCGAGAGUAUAUUUUGAAGGAUGUGAUUUUGGUGCAAAAGGAUGAGAUUACGCGCGCAGGCGUCGUCGGUUCGAAAUCAAAGAAUCAAAAGAAGAAAAAGCUGAGCAAAUUCGAAAAGCAGGCGCAAAAGAAAGCGAGAUUGAUGACGAUGGGGGAACACUUGGAGAUGCACGACGAAGACGUCGACGGGAAGAUGGAAGUAAAAGAAGUUUCGGCGGCGGAAGAAGAACCUCUUCUUAAGACGCCGUUCAAGGAGACGACGGAGAACAACAACAGUAUGAACUUACCGUCGGCGUUUUCUGUGGAAAUGAAAACGCCCGGGUCGUAUCGCAAAGCGAAAAAGAAAACAUCAUCGUCUGAAUUGGUGAAGACGAUAUUCGAAGGUUCUUCUUUUAAGUCAUCGUCGUCGUCAAACGCAGAAAAAGAGAUUACUUUGAAAAUUCAAACUUCUUCUUCUUCUCCUCAUUCAACAUUAUUCAUGAGAGACCGCAUCGAAGAUAAAGUGGCUUUAUUGAAGAACAAGUUUAAAGAAUUAAAAGAAGAAGAAGAGCAAGAAGAAGAAGAAGAACAAAAAGGACAAAUAAUAGGUCGCGUAUGCUGCGACUCCUCGGACAGGCAAGAAUUACAACUCGAAUCCUCGGACGGUUCGCGCGUGAAGUUGGAGUUACGCUCCGUCGAAAACGAGUACUCUUUGUUUCCUGGACAGAUUGUCAAGUGCGUCGGCGCGAAUCCAACCGGGUACUGCUUCGUCGCGAAGGAGAUUGAUUGCUAUUAUUUCAAACAAAUAAAACAAGAACAACACCAACAAAUUCAAAAAACUGAAAUGUUACUCUUCUCUGGUCCGUUCACUGCCAACGACGACUUGAUGUACGAACCUUUAGACGACGUCUUGCACGAAGCGUCGUCAAAAAAUCCAUCCAUCGUUCUUCUCAUGGGUCCGUUUGUCUCCGACGAGAAUAUCAAUCACGCGUUGACGAGCAACAUCACGUAUAAGCAAGCGUUUGAGCAGAUCGUGAUGAAGAAGGUUGAAGCGUUUGCAAAGCAAUACCCGAACAAACACGUCGUUUUAGUGCCAAGCGUCAAGGACGCCUUUCAUAGAUACUGCGCGUUUCCGCAACCGCCGUUUUUUGAAACGUCGAAAUGCAAGAACGUUCACUUUGUAGCGAACCCGUCGGCGUUUGAAGUCAACGGUAUUCGCGUGGCGGUGUCCACGUGCGACAUUUUGAAGCACUUGUCCGGUUUCGAACGCGGCGGGAAAGGUAAAACGAGUACUGAACAACAACAAACCGAUCGCAUGACGCGUUUGUGUUCGCACAUGGUUGGUCAAAUGUCCAUGUACCCGUUAUUUCCGCCGCACCCAGAUGCAAAGUUUGAAUCGCACGACGCGACGGUACCGCUGAGAGUGGGCAUGGACGAACGCGUUCCGGAUUUAAUCGUUUUGACUUCGGAUUUAGCCGCCGGCGGAUGGAAAAACGCGUUGAGCGGAAACAAGACGAUGUUUGUCAACCCGGGGAAAGUUUGCCGAGGCGUGAACGCCGGAACGUUCUGUAAAAUAAGUUCUUCUUCCGGUGAAAACUUCGCGGAAUCCGCGCGAUUAGAGUUGCACAAGUUAUAA